UCACAAAGUUUUCAUUAACAACCACACCUCUAACAUUUUUCACAAUUUUCUGGUCUAAAGCAGGAAUAUAACUUUUUUUUCUUUUCCUUUUUGCUUUUUCCACAAUUCUAUAAGAAAUUUGAGCCUGAGAGAGCUUGGGAUGGUGUAGGAUGCACUACACACGCAUCUCACCAAUUAUAUUGCCUUCUCCACCACCCGCCAUCACCGCCACCGCUGGAUCCGGUAGUAGAGGAACCAUGUCAGCCACCCUAUUCAUGGCCCUCCUCCUCCCUUGCGUUGGCUUGUGCAUUGUCUUCCUCAUCUAUCUCUUCCUCUUGUGGUGCUCCACUCGACGCCGUAUUGAGCGUCUUCGAUUUGCUGAACCGGUUAAGCCGGUCAUCGGUAAAGGUCUCUCUGUCUCGGAACUCGCGAAACUCCCAAAACUAACUGGAAAAGAGCUUGCUUUAGCGGUGAGGUCGACGGAGUGCGCCGUUUGCCUUGAAAAUAUCGAGAGUUGCCAAUCGGCCCGUCUGGUUCCCGGUUGCAACCACGGGUUUCACCAAUUAUGUGCUGACACGUGGUUAUCUAACCACACGGUGUGUCCUGUUUGUCGUGGCGAUCUUGCUCCGAAGGUUCUUCAACUUAAUCAUAGUCCAUGUUGAAAAACAGGAUCUCUCCCCAAAUACUAUUCUUCUUUAUUCAUUUUCUUCUACUUCUCUUGUUUUCUAUCUGUUAACAUUUUAGUUUUCUCAUCUUUUGCCUGGUAGGUGUUUUAAUGGUUGUACAGUAAAUUGUAAUAGAGAAUUACAAAAUUUCUGUUUUGUCAUUAUACUACUUACCUAUCGUGUAUAUAUUAUAAGGGUUGUGUUAAAAAAAUGUUGCCUAAAUAUUUUCAUUA